CGCGGGAGCGAGACGGAAGGCGUGAUGGAAGAGAUACAAACGCAGAAGAAGGAAGAACAAAAGCACCGUGAAAAUGAAGAAGAAGAGGAGGAAGGACCUCCUCCGGGAUGGGAAUCUGCAGUUCUUCCUCCUCCAAUCGCCACCGUCACCGCCGCUGUAAACCCCAAUCCCACCACCGUCGAAAUUAUCGAAAAGGCGCAAAUGGUAUGUGGAUCUUGCAGGCGUUUGCUUUCGUAUCUAAGAGGAUCCAAACACGUCAAAUGCUCAUCUUGUCAGACUGUUAAUCUCGUUCUUGAAGCUUCCCAAGUUGGUCAGGUGAAUUGCAACAAUUGCAAACUGCUACUGAUGUAUCCUUAUGGAGCUCCAUCUGUUAGAUGUUCCUCCUGCAAUUCUAUCACAGAUAUCAGAGAAGAGAACAAACGACCUCCAUGGUCUGAGCAGCAAGGACCACUCAAAAGUUUAAGCAAUGUCCGGUGAGCCGAGAAUUAAACUUGAACCAGUUUUUGGUCAAUUUUGAACCGGUUUGAUGACAAAAAAAAACUUGUCAUAAUGUUAAGGAUAGAUGAAACAUGAUCACCAUUAAAUCAUUAAUAAAUCUCAUUGAAUUCU